AUGUCCAGCAAGCGCAAGGCCGAGGCGGAGCCCGCCUCACCAGGCGCUGGGCCAUUAACCAAAAAGCCGGCGACAUCUGCCGCCGCUGUCGCACUGGUCAACCCAAAGCGUAUACGCGUGCUCAAGGAGGGAACCAUCGGCAACGGUCCUGUCGUUUUUUGGAUGUCCCGCGACCAGCGCAUAGAGGACAACUGGGCACUGCUGCAUGCCAUUGAGGUGGCGCAACAAAACCACCGGCAACAAUCUGCGGCUGCCAGCAGCGGUGGCGGAGGUAGCAGCAGCAGUAGCAGCAGCGAGCCUCAGGUCGCGGUGGCGUUCAACCUGGUUCCUGCCUUCCUGGGUGCGGGUGCCCGGCAGUUCGGGUUCAUGCUGCGGGGCCUGAGGGAGCUCCAGCCCAAACUCGAGGCCAAGGGGAUCGCCUUCUUCCUGCUCAAGGGUGACCCCGCCCGGACGUUGCCUGAUUUGGUAACCCGGCUGGGUGCUGGUCUGCUGGUGACGGACUACUCCCCACUGAGGCUGGGCCGGCAGUGGAGGGAGCAGGUGUGUUCCUCCGUACCGGUGCCGGUCCACGAGGUAGAUGCGCACAACGUGGUGCCCGUGUGGGUGGCCAGUGACAAGAGGGAGGUGGGGGCGAGGACGCUCAGACCCAAGAUACACAAACACCUGCCGGAGUUCCUCACGGACUUCCCGGAGGUGCCCCAGCUGCCCCCCUGGAGUCAUGAGGUGAAGCCGGAGCCAGUGAACUGGGAGACUUUGUUGGAGGAGGUGCUGACCCGCGGGUCGGCAGUGCCCGAGGUGGACUGGUGCAAACCGGGUGAGGACGCGGCCCUUCAGGCGCUCCAAGGUCCCGCCGGCUUCCUCAGCUCCACCCGGCUCAGCCUGUACGACAGCAAACGCAACGACCCGGCCACCCCGCGCGCGUUGUCCAACUUGUCGCCGUACUUGCACUUUGGGCAGCUGGCCCCGCAGCGGGCGGCUCUGGAGGCAGCCAAGCACCGGGCAAAGUUCAAGGCCGCCGUGGAGUCAUUCCUUGAGGAACUGGUUGUACGGCGGGAAUUGUCGGACAACUUCUGUCACUACACGCCCAACUACGACUCUCUGGCCUGCGCGGCGGAGUGGGCGCGGGAGACACUGGAGAAGCACCGGGGGGAUAAGCGCGAGUUCCUGUACACACGGGAGCAGUUGGAGGCGGGUCGCACCCAUGACGAGCUGUGGAACGCAUGUCAGUGGGAGAUGGUGCACGUGGGCAAGAUGCAUGGCUACAUGCGGAUGUACUGGGCCAAGAAGAUCUUGGAGUGGACCCCUGGGCCGGAGGAGGCCAUUGAGAUUGCCAUCUACCUGAACGACCGGUACGAGCUUGACGGCCGCGACCCCUCCGGCUACGUCGGAGUCAUGUGGAGCAUGGCAGGCAUACACGACAUGGGCUGGACGGAGCGACCCAUCUUUGGCAAGAUCCGCUACAUGAACUACAACGGCUGCAAACGCAAGUUCGACAUCAAGGCUUACUGCGCCUAUGUGGACCGACUGGUGGGGGAGGUCAGGGCCAAGCAGAGGGCUAAAGCCAAGGCCACCGCGGCAGCUGGGUCGGGGGCCGAAGCCGCGGCUGACAACGAGGCGCCAGUGGCGGCGGCGGCGGCGGCCGGGGUGGAAGGGAAGUCCGGAGCUGGCGGGAGCGGGGAGCUGGCCCAGAGCAGCAAGAAGGCGGGCAAGAAGUCGUCCGAAGUGGGUUCCUCGAAAGGGACGGGUCAAAGGAAAGCCGGUGCAACUUAG